AGUUGGUAUUUUCAGGUUUUGAAGCGGACGCGCUGAUUUCCCACCGUUUUUGUGCGCUUUCAAAUGCAGCAGAAAGCAGAACCCUCUUAGCUGCAGAACCAAAGCCCAAAGAUGCAGCUUGCUCUCAGUAAAACGUUCGGCCAGAAGCCGGUCAAGUUCCAGCUUGAAGAAGAUGGAGAUUUUUACAUGGUGGGAUCCGAGGUUGGGAACUAUCUGCGGAUGUUCAGAGGCUCCCUGUAUAAAAGAUAUCCAUCGCUAUGGAGGAGGCUAGCUUCUGUGGAGGAGAGGAAAAAAAUUAUGGCCUCCUCACAUGCCACCAGCGUGACUCUACUGAAGGCGUCAGAAUGUGAGGAAAUCUUUGAAGGAAAUGAUGAGAAAUACAAAGCAGUUUCUAUCAACACCGAACCCCCAGCUUACCUCAGGGAGCAGAAAGUAAAGAGAAGCAGUCAGUGGGUUCCCACGUUGCCCAGCAGCUCUCACCAUCUGGAUGCUGUUCCUUCCUCCACCGCCAUCAACCGCAAUCGAAUGGGCCGCGACAAGAAGAGGACUUUCCCUCUGUGCUUUGACGAUCAUGACCCUGCAGUCAUCCAUGAAAAUGCAGCCCAGUUGGAGGCGCUGGUCCCCAUUCGCCUAGACAUGGAGAUCGACGGUCAGAAGCUCAGAGAUGCCUUCACGUGGAACAUGAAUGAGAAACUGAUGACCCCAGAGAUGUUUGCAGAAAUAUUGUGCGAUGACUUGGACCUCAAUCCGCUGGCUUUUGUUCCUGCCAUCGCCUCAGCUAUCCGUCAGCAGAUCGAGUCCUACCCCACGGAGGCCAUGUUUGAGGAGCAGGCAGAUCAGAGGGUCAUCAUCAAGCUGAACAUCCAUGUGGGGAACAUUUCUCUGGUGGACCAGUUUGAGUGGGACAUGUCUGAAAGGGAGAAUUCUCCAGAGUCCUUCGCCCUAAAGCUGUGCUCCGAGCUGGGCCUCGGUGGAGAGUUCGUCACCACCAUUGCCUACAGUAUUCGCGGUCAGCUCAGCUGGCACCAGAGGACGUAUGCCUUCAGUGAGAACCCUCUUCCUACUGUAGAAAUAGCCAUCCGUAACACUGGAGAUGCUGACCAGUGGUGCCCCCUGCUGGAGACCCUCACAGAUGCUGAAAUGGAGAAGAAGAUCCGAGACCAAGACAGGAACACCAGACGCAUGAGACGGCUGGCCAACACUGCCCCCUCCUGGUAGCAGGAAACCAGAAGAUGCUUCAGGAUCCAAGCCGCCCUGGAGACUUCUCUGCCUCAUCAAUGAUGUUUUAGCAAAUUCGUCACUUACCGUUGGACAUUUACUGUCCAAAAACAUGGACAUGGACGACGAAACACAUGACAUUCCUCUGCACAGAAGGACGUUUGUAGCUCAGCAGCGACUGCAGCAGCUUAUGUCUACUAGCGUGAAAUGAUGUCACACACAAAGUAGACAUUACACUAUGGCUAUUCAUUUCAGGGCUGCUUUGGUACACAUUAUUAUAGUUGUAACAACGCUGUUUUCAUUGUAGUUGUUAAUGAUGAGCAUUUAGAGCAAAUGUGAUGGUUGCUGAGUCUGAUUACCAGCGCUUGGACUUACUGUCACCACGUCCCACUAAAGUCAUUCAUCUGCUGUACAACAAAACAGCAACGAUUGCUUACUUUGAAAGUUUUCCUCCUUUUUUAAAUUAAAGAGGUAAAAGUAUCUAAAGAUCGUCAGUCUUUCCCAUAACGGGGUCUCUGUAUUACGCUGCUUAAGUGUUCUUGUCUUUAUAUGGCACUUUAGUCAUCCCCGUUGGAGCUUAGUGCCUUUCUGGGUAGCGUGUGACUGCGGGUCAGAGGGGUGGUCGUUGUCUCUGUACCGGCUGCGGCUCAUCUCUGUGAUCUGUCACACAGCAGAAAUGUCAGAAGCCUCAAAUUGGGUCAGAUUUAUGUGUCGAUGUGACUCCGGUGCUGGUCACAAGUUAAAGCUCCUCCGUGAUUUUCCUCAAGUUGAACAUUUCAUGCUAUCAUCACUGCUUAGUGAAGAAAAUCUGUUAUUCCUGUUAUUCCACUCUAUAUUUUUCACAAAUUUUUAGCAUGAAGUUUGAUUUCCGGAAAGAUCCGGACCAAAUCUGACUUUGCAGAGUAGUGAUGCCGUCGUUUCUUUCUCAUUGGUUUUUAUAAACAUUUGUCACGUGUUCCGCCAUGAUGUUUUUGAAACCAGAUGUCAGUAUUGCAUAUGGAAAAACUGAAUAAACACAAAAACUUUGAA